AUGGCGGCCGAGAGCCGCGGACCGCAAAUUGGUGCCAUUGCAUACACAUUUGUCAUCGUCUCCUCCAUUGCAACAAUCCUUCGAGUUUACUGUCGUGGCUGGGUCAUCAAGGCAUUUGCUGCGGAUGAUUGGCUAGCUGUGGCCGCCCAGAUUCUCUUUAUUGUCUUUUGUUCCUAUGAGAUCACAGGCGUUCGUUAUGGCACUGGACAGCACAUUGUCAACAUCCCCGAGGAGAAAAUCCCCAAGGCGAUGCAGAUGUGGUGGACUUGCGAACCUCUUUACGUCCUAACUAAUAUGGCCAUCAAAGCCAGCAUUGCCAUCUUCUUAUUGCGAAUCUGCGUUCACAGAUCCCACAAAAUCACCAUCUGGAUCGUGACAGGUGUCACUGAGAUUUACAGCUUGUUUUUCUUCCUGCUGUUCGUACUGCAGUGCCGACCUACAUCACUCUUUUGGCUCCGAUACACCAGCAACCCGCCCGAGGGAAGUUGCUUAGAUGCAAAGGUGGUUUCGAAUGCCUUCUAUGGCUACUCCGCCAUUAGUUGCUGGACCGACUGGACAUUCAGCAUCCUUCCCAUAUUCCUUGUUUGGAAGCUACAGAUGAACUUGAGAAUGAAAAUCUCAGUUGUACUGAUUCUAGCUGCCGGCGCAAUUGCUUCGAGUGCGACGAUCGUUCGUUUUCCCUACCUCUACUCUUUAACCGACAUCGAAGAUUUCCUCUACUCAACUUCAGACGUCGCCAUCUGGUCGACAGUCGAAACUGGCCUUGGCAUCACUGCGUCAGGAGUGGCAACCCUCCGACCCCUUCUCCGAACCUUCUUCGGUGGUUCUACAGCACAAAGCAACGGAACCUCCGCUCGACAAUGGCACCGAACAGAUAGCGGCCACCCGAAAGCAGGAUACAUCCGGAGCCAAGGCGAGAACGGCACAGCGUUUGAACUUCAUGAUAAUGCUGGAAAGCGCAUCGGAGUUACAACCGUCAUCAACCAUGACGAUGCUGCCGACUCUGACCUCGAGGGCCAGAAGUAUAAGGCAGAUAGUAGGUCGGAAGGUUCCGUUGGGGGUACAGACGAUUGGAAUAACAGCCAGUCAAACCUUGCAGAGAGAAAGGAAGAGACUCAGGCCGGACAAGGAGGAUGGAACAUCACAGUUAAAAAGUCGAUUGUUCAAACCAGAGGCGUUUAA